UGUUUUAAUUUUUAAUUUUUUAAAUUUCAAGCUUAGGCAGUGGUUCAGUGCAAGGACUGAAAACAAGCGCUAGAAGGGAAGGUGGGUAGCACGAGGGGUUUCAAAUACAGUGAUGGAAGCAGUAGAAGGAAAUGUCUCUUAGACUAGGAGCAAGGAACCAAAGGGUCAAUUAGAAGGGAAAGGGACCUGCGGACCUGGGGAGAGGUCACUGGGGUUCUAAGCCUUCCACCUCUGCUUCCGGAAUUUCCACGGGUUUCGCGGCCAUCUGGAGCUGUGACUUCGCCACGCUUGGGGCACGGGGCUGUGGGAAGUCAUGUCGUCCCCUCCCCAUGUGUUCCCUUGGCUAUACUUUCCUGCCCCUCCACUUCCAGGCGAAACACUCCUCGGGACAGGCCUUGGGACAUGUCCUAGAUACACAAUGGGGGCGCUGGACUUGGUGAUGAGGGGCCUGCAGAAAGAAAGAGGCAGGCGUGACAGCCGCCUGCAGAUCCACGAUGCAUCUUAAAAUCCCAAAUUCUCAGGCCCUACCCCAGACCUACUGAGUCAAUACCCAGGGCACUGAGCCAGGGGGUGGGUGCCCGUAGGCCUGGCAGCACCCAGCCUGUAGAAGCUCCACCUCCGGGAGCGCUGGGCUAGGACCAUCUCCCCACGCCCCUGCCCUCGGGCCGCCGGGAGUCCAGUCCUGUUACACCUCCCGCGGCCGCGCACAGCGGCAACCCUGGCGUGCGGGGACGAGCGCGGUCAGGGAGGGGCCUGCGGAGGCGCGAGGCCCCCGGAAGCGCCUUUCCCGGAAGGCAGGGAGGCGGCGUCGGCCUCCGGAGGCGGCCUCGGCGAUGGCGGCGGAGUUUUGUCCAUAGCCUGGGCAACUGCGCAGCUGGAGGAUGGCCUCGCUCGGGCCUGCCGCAGCUGGGGAGCAGGCCUCGGGGGCUGAGGCGGAGCCGGGCCCCGCGGCGCCGCCGUCGCCGCCCUCACCGUCCUCUCUGGGGCCUCUGCUCCCCCUGCAGCGGGAACCUCUCUACAACUGGCAGGCGACCAAGGCGUCGCUGAAGGAGCGCUUCGCCUUCCUCUUCAACUCCGAGCUGCUGAGCGAUGUGCGCUUCGUACUGGGCAAGGGUCGCGGCGCCGUCGCCGCGGGGGGCCCGCAGCGCAUCCCCGCCCACCGCUUCGUGCUGGCGGCCGGCAGCGCCGUCUUUGACGCCAUGUUCAACGGCGGCAUGGCCACCACGUCGGCCGAGAUCGAGCUGCCGGACGUGGAGCCCGCCGCCUUCCUGGCGCUGCUGAGAUUUCUGUAUUCAGAUGAAGUUCAAAUUGGUCCAGAAACAGUUAUGACCACUCUUUAUACUGCCAAGAAAUAUGCAGUCCCAGCCUUGGAAGCACACUGUGUAGAAUUUCUCACCAAACAUCUUAGGGCAGAUAAUGCCUUUAUGUUACUUACUCAGGCUCGAUUAUUUGAUGAACCUCAGCUUGCUAGUCUUUGUCUAGAUACAAUAGACAAAAGCACAAUGGAUGCAAUAAGUGCAGAAGGGUUUACUGAUAUUGAUAUAGAUACACUCUGUGCAGUUCUAGAGAGAGACACACUCAGUAUUCGAGAAAGUCGACUUUUUGGAGCUGUUGUACGCUGGGCAGAAGCAGAAUGUCAGAGACAACAAUUACCUGUGACUUUUGGGAAUAAACAAAAAGUUCUAGGAAAAGCACUUUCCUUAAUCCGGUUCCCACUGAUGACAAUUGAGGAAUUUGCAGCAGGUCCUGCUCAAUCUGGAAUUUUGUCAGAUCGUGAAGUGGUAAACCUCUUUCUUCAUUUUACUGUCAACCCUAAACCCCGAGUUGAAUACAUUGACCGACCAAGAUGCUGUCUCAGGGGAAAAGAAUGCUGCAUCAAUAGAUUCCAGCAAGUAGAAAGCCGCUGGGGUUACAGUGGGACAAGUGAUCGAAUCAGGUUCACAGUUAAUAGAAGGAUCUCUAUAGUUGGAUUUGGCUUGUAUGGAUCUAUUCAUGGCCCUACAGAUUAUCAAGUGAAUAUACAGAUCAUUGAAUAUGAGAAAAAGCAAACCCUGGGACAGAAUGAUACUGGCUUUAGUUGUGAUGGGACAGCUAACACAUUCAGGGUCAUGUUCAAGGAACCCAUAGAGAUCCUGCCCAAUGUGUGCUACACAGCAUGCGCAACACUCAAAGGUCCAGAUUCCCACUAUGGCACAAAAGGAUUGAAGAAAGUAGUGCAUGAGACACCUGCUGCAAGCAAGACUGUUUUUUUCUUUUUUAGUUCCCCUGGCAAUAAUAAUGGCACUUCAAUAGAAGAUGGACAAAUUCCAGAAAUCAUAUUUUAUACAUAAUUUAGCAUUAUAAUACAUCUUGGCUAAAUAGUACCAUACAAUCUAGUGUGAAAAACAUAAAUGGCCACAAAAAAGUAGUUUGAGUGUUAUGAAUAUUUAUAAUUGUAAGAUAAGAAACAGUUUCUUAGAGGAGAUAGAAAAAUGUUUAUUUAAAUCUUUGCAUGAUUUAACAGAUUUUCCAUUUUCUUACAACUUUAAGAGAAAAGAACUGGGUUUAAUGGUUUAAAAAAAAGCACAGCUUUUUCAGCUUCAUCUUGUAUAAUUUCAUAGAUUGGCUGACUUAGGUCUUUCAGUAGUUUGGGAAUUGAAAGAUUCUUGUUAUAUAUAGCUAGUUUGGGUUUGUUUUUGUUUUAACUAUUUUGAAGGUUAGGUGAGAUGGGCAAAUAGGCUUAACUAUUUUGAAGGUUGGAUGAAAAGAGAUGGGUCAGUAUUCCUACAGAAUUCUUAUUAACUCAAAUAACUAAAUUUCAGAAAAUUAAGAAGCUGACUUUCUAUUUGGGGGUUUGAAAUAUCUUGUUGUUAGCAUUUGUAAUAAUGCUAAAAAAGGCCUAAUAAAAUGCCCAAGAAAAUAUUCAGUGCAUUUAUAGAGAAGGAUAUUUUGUAGUAGUAUAGUAAUGUGUUACGUAGUACAGUUUUAAAGCUAUAAAUGGAAUUUUGUGUAAAUUCACAAAAAUGUGAUAUAAACAGGAUCUAAGACUGGAUUCCCUGUCACUAAACUGCACCACUAUACCUGUCUCUCUGUGUGGGGGCACUGCUGAUGAUUCCCAAGAUUGAGAUGAUGACGGUGAUGACGACUGGGUGAACAGCCAUCACUUCAACAUUGUGAUAAUCCUGCACAGCCAGAAACCGAACAGAAUACUAACAUUUCCAACAACUGCUCUGACAUUGUAAAGAGAUCCAACAGAAUCACUCCUGCUGAAAAAUACACUUUCUGCCACCUGCACAUUUCUAUCUAGGAAGUAAAAUUUGCUUCAUGGUCAUGACCCCAUUAGUCACUGUUACAGCUGUGUUGGGGAUAGGAAGUAUAUCUGGCAGAUUGACAUUUAUACACUUUUUUAUAAAGCAGAUUUAAAAAUAUAGUAACAUUCAUUUUUUUCCCUUGAAAGUGAUUCUCUUAUAAAAAAUGAAAGUGGAGUUCAAGGUAUAUCAAAUCGUUGUGGAAGGUGAUUAAAAAUCAAAAUUCUUUUAAAUAUCAACUUAAUUUUUUCUAAAUAAGAUAUAAAAAAUUUUCAUCUAAGGUAAUAUUUCACUUAUAUUGUCAAGAAGGUAGGUAUAUUGGUGGCUGAGGUCUCUUGAAAUUGCUAAAGGGAAAUUUUUCUGUGGUAAUGCUCUUAUGGUUAUAAACCUCAGUUAAAUGGAAUUAUCUAUGGGAUGUAUGGUUCUGGUUAACUAAAAAUGAACCAGUAAACACUCUGUAGUAACCAUUAUAGAAAAUACUUCUGCCUUAAAAAAUAUGAUAUGCCAGAGAUGAGUUAGUGUUUCUUGAUGUUGGAGACCUUUUAAAUGCCUCAUCUGUUGUACUGAACAAUUGAAACUGCAUGCAGCCAUAAAAGGGACAAGAAACAGAACUGUUUACUAACUUUGGGACAUCCCCUGGAAUUUUUAAAAAUAAAUAUAUAUAUAAA